AUGGAAUCUCCCACCAAGGAGAUCGAGGAGUUUGAGAGCACCUCGCUGAAGUACCUGCAGCCCGAGCAGAUCGAGAAGAUCUGGCUUCGGCUCCGAGGACUGAGGAAGUAUAAGAAGACCUCACAGAGACUGCGAUGUUUGGUGAAGCAGCUGGAGAGAGGAGAAGCCUCCCUCGUGGACCUGAAGAAGAACCUGGAAUAUGCAGCCUCUGUUCUGGAGUCGGUCUACAUCGAGGAGACUCGGCGGCUGGUGGACACGGAGGAUGAGCUGAGCGACAUCCAGUCGGACUCUGUGCCGUCGGAGGUGCGGGACUGGCUGGCCUCCACCUUCACGCGGCAGAUGGGUCUGAUGCUGCGGCGGACGGAGGAGAAGCCGCGUUUCCGUAGCAUCGUGCACGCCGUGCAGGCUGGGAUAUUCGUGGAGAGAAUGUACCGGCGGACCUCCAACAUGGUGGGCCUGAGUUACCCUCCCACUGUCAUAGCGGUGCUCAAGAAUGUGGACAAGUGGUCCUUCGAUGUGUUUGCGCUGAAUGAUGCCAGCGGAGACCACGCCCUCAAGUUCAUCUUCUACGAGCUUCUGACGAGAUACGACCUCAUCAGCCGCUUCAAGAUCCCCAUUUCAGCACUCGUGUCCUUCGUUGAAGCCCUGGAAGUGGGGUACAGCAAACACAAGAACCCGUAUCACAACUUAAUGCAUGCCGCCGACGUCACACAGACCGUCCACUACCUCCUGCUCAAGACCGGGAUGGUGCACUGGUUGACGGAGCUGGAGAUUUUCGCCAUGAUCUUUGCGGCCGCCAUUCACGAUUAUGAGCACACCGGAACCACAAACAACUUUCACAUUCAGACCAGGUCAGACACAGCCAUCUUGUACAACGACCGAGCUGUGCUGGAAAGCCAUCACGUCAGCGCUGCCUACCGCCUCCUACAGGACGACGACGAAAUGAACAUCUUGUACAACUUAUCCAAGGACGACUGGAGAGAGCUGAGGGCCCUAGUGGUGGAGAUGGUCCUGGCCACAGACAUGUCCUGUCACUUCCAGCAGGUCAAGGCCAUGAAGAACUUCCUACAGCAGCCUGAGGGGAUCGACAAACCCAAAGCCUUAUCCCUCAUCCUGCACACCGCCGACAUCAGCCACCCCGCCAAGAACUGGGAACUGCACCACCGCUGGACCACCUCACUGCUGGAGGAGUUCUUCAGACAGGGGGACAAAGAGGCGGAGCUUGGCCUGCCCUUCUCCCCACUAUGUGACCGCAAGUCCACCAUGGUGGCCCAAUCACAGAUCGGAUUCAUUGAUUUCAUCGUGGUGCCCACAUUCACUGUGCUGACCGACAUGACGGAGCGGAUUGUCACCCCGCUAAUCGACGAGGCCUCCCACUCGGGCCUCGCGGGCUUCCGGCGCUCCAGUUUGAACAGUAUUACCUCCGCAGAGGCCAAGCGUACCAGUGUAAAGAGCACGGGGUCGGAGGGCAGCUCCUCGCUCAACUGCUCCCUCCUCACCGUGGACCUCAAGAACUUCAAGGCCAUCUGGAGCGAGGAGGUGUACCAGAACCGCGAGAAGUGGAAGGCGCAGGCCGCUAAAGACUUGGAGGAGAAGGCCAAACGAGAGGCAGAGGAGAAGGCCCAGCAGGAAGAGGCGGAGCUAAAGGAGUCUCAGGCCGUCCAAUCGGACCAAGCGCUGGGAGAGCCCGCCCAAUCAGAGCCCGUCCUUGAGCAGUCUGAUGGGGCGGGGGAGGAGGCCGGGUCCGGAGGAAUGAACGGGACCCAGAGCGCGAGCGAUCAGAACCGGGCCGACACCAAGGAGGCCGACUCCAGCCAGCCGCCCGACUGCAGAGCAGAGACCAGCCAGCAGAUACAAAACGGAGAAGUGCUUGGGGACACUGACUCACCAGGGAGUGAUGACAGUCAGAAAAGGACACCCAAUGAAACAGAGUUGGACUAACAAAAAAACACAAAUCCAGUGUAAACCAGCCACCAACCAUCACACCCACAGCAAAGACUUCCAGCCCAGGAAUGGCCCUGCCCUGGACAACCCCAAACGGACAUGUUGUAUAAUGCUUUUUA